UAAACUUAAGCAUCCAACGUGAGAUCCUCACAGUUAAGGCUGGCACUUGGCACAAAUAUGUUCCGAACUUGAAAUGACUCUGGCCACUCAUUCAUCCCCAGUUGAAGACACAUAUAAAGUUUUUAUAUUGCCAACUCAAUUCUUUUUUCGUACUUCCAUUUCUUAAAGUAGCCAAUAGCCGCCAACCCUACGUUCUUUUCAUUUAUUAUACAUUCAUUCAUUUCUUUAUUUUCUGAAAGAAAUCUUCUCCAUUCUUUGUUUUGAGUUUGAGAAAUGGAGAAACCGGGACCGGGACCGGGAGGUUUUUUUGGUGAUAUGGAAGUGUUGUUUCUACAAAAGGACAUACGGAUAGAGCAGAGUGAGUUCUGUUUUGAGUACAAGGAGAAUGCUCACCAUCAAUUUAUGCUUAUAUCUUCACUAAACGAUCACUCUAUUUUGAUCCCUUCAAAGGCACUUGCUGCCUUCUUGGAUGUUUUGGAAGGCUUUUGUUCUGAUUUUGAAAACAACCAACAGAAUAAGAAAAUUAGCAAACCAAAACAACUUAAGAUCGAUGACAAAGUGGAGUUUCGCUUUAUGGUUGGACAGAACAAAUGGGGCCAGUUUCUAAAGGUAAAGUAAAAUGGUUGUCUAUUAUCUCCACCUAUUUUUAAGUGCUUGUAAAUCAUAAUAGUACCUUUGACUUGUUGGGAGAGUUUUUAUUUCAAAGGUCAGUGGCCAUUUCGUUGUAAGCAUUUUAGAAAUUUGUUGGAAGGUUGAGGAAAACUACUAAAAAGUAUCAUCAAUUCAAAGAACUAAAAUGGGCUGGAAAAUCAGCUAUCUUAGAUUCAUGAAUGCUGUAGAGGUUGCUUGGCCAAGUGUGGGUUUUAUGUAUAUUAUGAAGUUAUACAUGACUGGUGAUGAUUUUGAUAUCUUUUAAAUUAAAGGUGAAGAAGUGAGAUAUGUGGAUUGUUAGAAUCCACGUUGUGUAUAUGAAUAUUUGCCAUGGAACUUUGCACUAUUACAGGAACUUUUCUGCUGGGUAUUUGUGUGUCAAUGUAGAAAUAUAAGCUCAAUGCUGAGCCUUGAGAUGUGCUUCUUGAAAUGAUCUAGCACUCUCCUUGAAAUAUGAAUAAUUAAGCAGAAGAACUGUAUCUUGAGAUGUUGAACCUUUGCAUAUACUUGAUUUUCAAGACACCUACUUAUUAUUUCUUUUUCACCUCCACAAACAAAAGUUUUUUCUCAAUGAUUUUGUUGGAUUUGCUUGGGUCAUCUUUUUUAUAUUUCAAAUAAUUUACUAUAAUAUGAUUGCUGCAGAGUAACAAAACCACUAUUAGGAAAUUUAGGCUUCAAAUUAGUAGCAUUUCAACUUUAAAUAAUCCCAUGAUUGGGAUUGAAAUCAUUUGAACUUAGCAUUCUGUGGAGUCCAGGACACUUUGAACCUUCUCAUCUUGUAUUUGUGAUGUGGUUUUCUACAAAUUUGAGCUUUGCUUUCCGGUGCAGUCUUGAAUACUUUCGAACUUUCUCAUCAUAUAUCUUCAGGUAUGGUUUUAUACACAAGCUUUUAUCGUCAAUUUUUUUUUUUCUUUUUCUUGGGAAGCAUUACUUCACUCAUGUUUUUCUAUGUACCUCAGCACAUUCUUCAUCUGAAGUUGUGCUCCUGUCCCAACUGAACAAGUUAUUGAUCAAAAUUUUUUAGGAUUUCUGCUGAUUGAGCUUACAUGUUGCAUUUUCUUUUCUACUUAUCUGCACUGUGGUCAUUUUUGUUUCUUUAUUUUCACCUUUCAGAAAUAUGCCUUGUCUUUAUUUGUUUUGAUCAGUAAUAAGAGUGAGAGAAAUCAACAAAUAUUGAUAUGAUAUAGUGCAUUUUGAGCUGUCUUAGUUCUGUUGUGUUUGAUGGUUGCAACGUUCUGCUUGCAGGUUUGGAAAGCGUCAUCAAGGGAAGCAAAAAACACCAUAUUCAUUCCUUCAGAAAACAAUGGUUGGGAACAUUUCAGAAAGACAUUAGUGGAGCUUGCUGACACUGCAAAACAUAUGUGCCCUCCUUUUGAGACAAGAUUUGAUCCUUUGAAACGACCAAACAAGGUAUCAGAUGCCAAAGUUGACUCCACUGAUAGUCCAAGUGCUGAAAAUUUGACAGUGGCAGAGUUAUAUAUAGAACCUUCACAGAAUGAUAAUACUGGCAUUGGGGAAUCAAAAAUGCUGAGAGCCGGCUUGAAGAAAUUCUACUUUGAUCUUGGAAGCAAUAAGAAGGGCAAUUUCUUAAAGAUAUCUGAGGUGAUGAAUGGUUAUCGUUCAUCCAUCAUAAUCCCAUUGGCAAGAUUGCAGCAGUUCCAUGAAAUGGUUGGUCAUUUCAUCCAGAACAAAAAUGAAACAUCAGCUAGUACUAGUAAACAUUCUGGUUCAGGAAGGUAAACUGAGAGCUGGACUUUUGAAAGAAACUAAGGUGGAAAAAGACUUAAAUGUUACUUAGUGU